AAGGGAACUCGAGCGCGAGCUGUGACAGAGACCAUAUGACUGAGAUCUCACGCGGCGAAAUAACAUGAACUGCACACCGACUUCGAUCGUGUCUACGAAAAUGAACGGCAGAUAAAGCAUCAGUACAAGCUGCAUCCUGAUGCCAGUUCAGCACCUGGAUGAAAAGAUGUCACCUAAAGAUCUCAAGAACUAGCUGGGAACUUUGCAGAACUUCCUAAAACCCUUGUAGCUGACUGUAGAACUGGUUUAGACAGUCUUUUUUUGUAUCAUCCAACCCAUCGGCCCUUUAAAACAAUGGCGUCCUACAGCCCUGCACCCACGGAGGAGCAGUCCUCAGAGGUGUUGGACGUAAACCUGAAGGCAAGCAGCUCGCAGGAGUCCAUGAAACUGAAAAAAGAAAUAUCUUUGCUCAAUGGCGUAUGUCUCAUCGUGGGAAACAUGAUCGGCUCCGGGAUCUUCGUCUCACCCAAAGGCGUACUGAUGUACAGUGGCUCCUAUGGGUUGUCUUUGUUAGUGUGGACAAUUGGUGGGAUCUUCUCGGUGUUCGGGGCGCUCUGUUAUGCUGAGCUCGGGACCACCAUCACCAAGUCAGGUGCCAGCUACGCCUACAUCCUGGAGGCCUUUGGAGGCUUUUUGGCUUUCAUCCGUCUAUGGACUUCUCUUCUGAUCAUCGAGCCCACCAGUCAGGCUGUGAUAGCCAUCACCUUUUCCAACUACAUGGUGCAGCCCAUCUUCCCCACGUGUAUAGCACCCUACGUGGCCAAUCGUCUGCUGGCUGCAGCCUGCAUAUGCUUGCUGACCUUUGUGAACUGUGCCUAUGUGAAGUAUGGAACACGCGUUCAGGACUUCUUCACGUACGCAAAGGUCAUCGCCCUCAUCGCUGUCAUCAUCACUGGGCUGGUCAAGAUAUUUCAGGGUUACACACAGAAUUUUGAAGGGCUCUUCUCAGGUUCAUCUCUGGAUCCAGGUGAUGCGGCUCUGGCGUUGUAUUCUGCUCUCUUCUCGUACUCUGGAUGGGACACGCUCAACUUUGUCACAGAGGAGAUCAAAAACCCUGAGAGAAAUCUCCCGCUGGCCAUUGCUAUCUCCAUGCCCAUUGUCACAGUGAUCUACAUUCUUACCAAUUUGGCUUACUAUACAAUCCUGCCUAUUCCUGCCAUCCUGGACAGUGACGCCGUAGCUGUGACAUUUGCAGACCAGGUAUUUGGGUAUUUUAAUUGGACAAUACCAGUCGCUGUUGCCUUCUCCUGCUUUGGAGGAUUAAAUGCUUCAAUAGUUGCUGCAUCAAGGUUAUUCUUCGUGGGCUCCAGAGAGGGCCACCUGCCAGACUACCUGUGCAUGAUUCAUGUCACACGCUUCACCCCCAUCCCUGCCCUACUCUUCAAUGGUGCCAUGGCUCUUGUGUACCUGUGUGUGGAAGAUGUCUUUAAACUGAUCAAUUACUACAGCUUCAGCUACUGGUUCUUUGUGGGUCUGUCUAUCCUGGGACAGCUGUACCUACGAUGGAAACAACCGGACAGACCACGACCACUAAAGCUCAGCCUGUUCUUCCCAAUUAUAUUCUGCCUCUGCACAGUUUUUCUAGUGGUGGUGCCUCUAUAUAGCGACACUAUCAACUCAUUAAUCGGCAUUGCCAUUGCUUUAUCGGGAGUCCCCGUCUACUUCCUGUGCUGCCAUCUACCUGCCACACGUAGGCCUAUGUGGCUCAGGAAGUUUAUUGCAUCUUCGGGUAUUCUCAUUCAGAAGGUGUGCUACUGUGUUCUUACUGAGAUGGACACAAAAGAUGAAAAGGCAGAGUAGAAGAGAAUGAUGCACUGACAAGAAAACUGGAAUAUCUCUGGACAUGCAAUACACAAGCUACUGAUUCCACACUGGUUUACACAGAUAUCAUUUUAGAUUGAUCAGAUGUCAAGUGUACAUAUGUCAAGUCAAAGCAAGUCCUUUGUAUUUAUUAGAGAUAUUUAUGCUGAUUUGAUGGGGAACAGUAAACCAACUCGAACUCGAGUACGAAGAAACUACCUUUGGGCUCUAAGGGUUGUUGUGGGGCUUGGUAAGAUGGUGAAAUUAUAGCACUGAUAACAGAGGAAUUAUUUAGAGACAUUGUACCAUUGCUUUGAAACAGCUUUUAACCUAAAUCUUGCACAUUAAUUGAACAUAAAUUUAGAUGUGUGUACACUGAAAGUCUAAUAAAACACCUUAUUGUGUGUUGAAGGAAGGAAUUGCCACUACAAGAUCUUUAUCUUUACAGGUUUGUAUCUGAAUAUAGAAAACAGUAUUUUCCAUGUUUUCUUUUCUUUUCCAAAGACUGAAAUGACAAAGGCAGUGUUA